GGCGCCGCAGAGAAGGCAAAACCAUGGCUCGUCCCGGAGGCCAGCGGGUGUUGCUCCUGCGGCGCCUCCUCUCCCAGCUCUCCCAGUCAGCCCAGUGGGACACGCUGAGGGCAAGCAAAAUUGCCGCUUCCUACAGCACUGCAGUGACCUCAGGUAAAGUUGAAGUGAAUGGUAUCCACCUGCACUAUCAGCAGACAGGAGACGGAAAUCAUGCUGUUCUGCUUCUUCCUGGAAUGUUAGGAAGUGGCCAGACUGAUUUUGGACCACAGUUGAAAUCUAUGAACAAGCAGCUCUUCACAGUCGUAGCCUGGGACCCUCGGGGAUAUGGAAAGUCUAUCCCUCCAGUUCGAGAAUUUCCUCCAAAUUUUUUUGAAAUAGAUGCAAAGGAUGCUGUUGACUUGAUGCAGACAUUGAAGUUUCAGAAGUUCUCUCUGCUAGGAUGGAGUGAUGGUGGAAUAACAGCACUCAUUGUUGCAGCAAAAUAUCCACAUCUUAUCAACAAAAUCGUGGUUUGGGGAGCCAAUGCCUCUGUUACAGAAGAGGAUGUGAAACUUUAUAAUGCUAUCCGAGAUGUUUCCAAAUGGAGUGAAAGAGCCAGAAAGCCAAUGGAAGAAUUAUAUGGAUAUGAAUACUUUUCAAAGACCUGUGAAGCCUGGGUGGAUGGAAUCUCUCAAUUUAUGCACAUCACCAAUGGUAGUAUCUGUCAACAUUUACUGCCUCAUAUUAAAUGUCCAACAUUAAUAAUCCAUGGAGAGAAAGACCCCCUGGUGCCACGCUUUCACCCUGAGUAUCUGCACAAACGUAUCAGAGGAUCACAGUUGCAUUUCAUGCCAGAGGGAAAACACAAUCUACACCUACGUUUUGCAGAGGAAUUUAACAGAAUGGUAGAAAGAUUUCUUCUAUAGGACACUCACCUAAUGUUUAGACAUGAGCCUAGUCUUGUUCCUAGUCAGGGUGCCAAUAUGACUGUGACGUAAGGUUCCAGGAGAUUGGGGGAGGGGUAUUAAAAGCCUUUGCCUUUUGUUGCCAUAGGGCCCAAUGAAGUCUUUGUAUGCCAACUGGUUUGGCAUACAUAUCUUUGACAAAUGAGAAUUAAAGUCUGGCAUUGACUAAA